GUUUACUUAAAAUUUAAUUUGUGCGAAUUGAAAAGUUGAUGUUCAGAUAAAAGAAAUAGGUAGUUGAUAGCGUUGUGAAUAAGUCAGCGAAGAUUAAUGUAUCAGUUUGAACUUCAUCUUUCAAAUGGCAUUAUCUAGUUAUUGGGUUUCUCGGCGCCGAAAAGAUUUAGCCGAACAAGCUAUAGUUUCCAAAAGAGAGAAGGAAGCCGUUCAUGCCAAAAAAUGUCAAGAGGUUGCAAGUUUUCAUCAGGACCUGGCUAGAAAAUGCACUAAAUACAAAUAUUUAGAAGAAGCUAAAGUUUUGACAACACCAAGAAUGCGGGAAGAAUCAUAUGUCUUGGAAAACCAGAGAGUUGCUGCCAAAGAGAAAAUAGAUUCUAGGAGACAAAAAUUGGCUCAACUCUUAGAUGUUGAACAUAAACAGUUUAUGAAAGAGCUGAAGGAAUUGAAAGAAAUGAAUCGAGAAAAGGAUCCAUGGAAUAUCACUCAAUUAAAGAUUCAAAUGGAAGAUCUUCAAAGACAAAGAAGAGAAACUGAGCAAAAUAUGCAGAAAAGAUAUUUAUGUCAUAUGCUUCCAUCAAGUGCAAGAAGUCAUUCAUCAGAAAAAGAAAAUGAGACUCUUGAAAGAGAAACUGUAGUUGCUUGGGAAGAUUGUAAGCAGGAACUUGAAAGACUGAAUUUAGAGAAACAACAAAGAGAGCAAGAAAAAUUAAGACAAUUGCAGACUGAGAAGGCUGAAGCUGCCCAUGAAGCAGAUAAAAUUGAAUCUCUACAUUUAACGGAACAAGCAAAAUGGUCCAACACUAUUGAAUCCAAGAUAUCUGAAUUAAAUACUGCUGAUAGUGAGAGUAAGAAACUAGAAAUGGAGAAGGGCAUUUUAUUGGAGCAUUUGGAAACUUUAUUCUCAUUGAAGCGUAGGAGGGAUGCUGUGAGAGACAUACAGAGGAAAGCUUGCCAAAAAAUACAGACUCUCUAUCAGCCCAAUGAAAAAAUGAGGAAAAUGUUGACUGAAGUAAAACACGGCUUGGAAUUUGACUAUAAAAUGCUUUCUGCAAUGAGUGAUCUAAAUAUCGAUUUAGAUGAAGUGAUGGCAGCAAAAGAAAAAAUUUCAAUGCAGAUUGCUCUUGAAAGAGAAAGGGAGCUGGAAAUCCUCCAAUUAUACCAAGAAGAAACUUCUCGAAUAUGGGAAGAAAAAAAGGAGCAGUGGAUGUUAGAAUUGAUUGCCUGGGAUGAAAUAAUGAAUAAACUUAUUAAAUCUCUGGUGAGUCAAAUGAAAGAAAAAAUUGACUUAAUUGAAAGUGAGGAGAAGAGGCUGAUCAACCUAAAAGAAAACCUCUUAGAAGAGAUAGACAAAAUAAAUCUGCAAACCAAAGAUAGCUGCAUGACUCUAGAAAGUAAACACCGAUAUUACGUCGACCAAGUGGAUAAAUUAAAUGAAGAAUUUCAAUCAAAAAGUAACAAAAGGCCAGUUGAUACCUAGAAUUCUGGGGCAAGCAUCAUACUGACAUUGGAUCAUAUUGAAGCAAACUGUUUAUUUUCUUACAUUAUUAUUAUUACAUCUGGUCAAAAUUCUUUUUCUGUUUAUUUCAUUGUACUUUUCAUUAAAUAUUUAUUCAAAUUAUUGCUCA